AUGAAUUUAUCCCACCUAGUUACCAGUUAUAACAGCCCCCUUUCGACAUCCUCACAUUUGGGAAUUUCCCAGAAGCGUCAAUCCUUACACAGCGAGUCAUCAACGUUGUGCGAGCCAGAUGGAUAUUAUGAUCGCAAUGCGUCGAAUCUUGCAUACGUCCUUUCUCCUCGGCCGCCUGUAACUCCGCCGAUUGAGGAACAGACCAAGUUCUCUCUUCCUUCGAUAACGAGUUUACUACAGGAUACACACAAUCUUCCUCCUGUCCGCUUACCUAAAAAGCAACGCCAAAAUUCAUUUCCAUCUAAAUAUAUAGAUCAAAAGCCACAAAGAUAUGAAGUCAGCCAUGGGCCGAGGAUAGUUUUACCACCAACGCCUCCCCUGCAUCUGGCCUCUGAAUUUAAUGGAAACAACCUCUCGCCAUCUGGAUCAUCACCAUCAUCCGCACAGUCUCCUAUCUCAGUUACAAAUCUCACAUAUCCCAGUAACCCUACGGAGAACUACCACCAAUGUAGGGUCUCCCAAGGGUCAUUCCUCCCUCAUUCAGCUAGGACAUCGACCUCUCUCACUUCUCCAAUACCCCUUUCAGAGAAGUCUUACGCAUCAUCCUCGUAUCUACCGAACAGCUCAUCUCCGUUUGCUUCUCCGGUCGAACCCCCGGCCAACCCCUCAGAGUACUAUGGUCGUCCGCCGCACGUCCCCACUUUCCCUCCACAUAUCCCCUUUCUGUUGACUCCAUCUACCCAACAACACCAUCAUCAUUCGAUGAUUUCAACCUGGCAGCAUCAUCACUACUUCCCGCCAUCGAAUGCGCCUCCGUACCCGCAGAACCAUGAUAGGUAUAUAUGCCGGACAUGCCACAAGGCGUUUUCGCGUCCCUCAAGUCUUCGAAUUCACUCCCAUAGCCACACGGGCGAGAAACCAUUCAAAUGCCCUCAUGUCAACUGUGGCAAGUCGUUUAGUGUCAGGAGUAAUAUGAAACGACACGAACGGGGCUGUCAUACUGGCAGACCUACGCAAAGUGCUCUGGUUAAUUAG